CUCUCUAGCCUCACCACCUCUCUGGCUUGUGUGGCACCGAAAGCAGUUCCGUUUCCGGGCCGGUUACUCGGAAUUGUGACGGGGCACUCGCCGUUGUUGAGCACGCGACAGAGAAACGGGCGGAAAGCUGGGGUGAGCCCGUCAUGGUGUUACUGGAGAGCGAGCAGUUUUUAACAGAGCUUACAAGACUGUUUCAGAAAUGCAGGAGCACAGGAAGUGUCUAUAUAACAUUAAAGAAAUAUGAUGGUCGGACAAGACCCAUCCCACGAAAAGGCCAUGUUGAGGGUUUUGAACCUGUAGACAACAAAUGUCUUCUUAGGGCAACAGACGGGAAGAAAAAGAUAAGCACAGUGGUGAGUUCAAAGGAAGUCAACAAAUUCCAGAUGGCUUACUCAAAUUUGCUCAGAGCUAAUAUGGACGGUUUAAAGAAGAAAGACAAGAAAAGCAAAACUAAAAAAAGCAAAGCAACAUAGUGAUUCAACACAAUGUUUUCAUUCCUGCAGUGGAUCUAAAUUCCAGCAUGUGAUAUUUUGUUUUUCUUACUCAACUUUUGAUCUUCUAGCUGAUAAAUGGAAUGUAAACAUCUUAAACUGAAAAGUUGUCUCUGGAUUGUGAUAUGCAGAAAAGUCCACAAGGCAUAUAUUGCAGCUGCUGAUUAAUUCUGUAUCUGCCCUGGUUUUGUUUUGGAGGAUGCCUGUCAGGAAAACCUAUCUUUAGGGAGAAUAAAGGAUUAAUAUUUGAAGUCCUCUGAUGCUGAAACUUACUGCCUACCUUUCUUAAGACUGAUCAAAUGAGACCUGGUGUACAAAAAAGCUACAAUAAAAACAAACUACUUGGAAAAA